AUGAUGGAGAAUUCAUCUAAUUUCGACUACGACGGAUACGACGGAGUGCAGACUCUGCAGAGUACCGCGCAUUUCGCCAACGAUCCUAAAACUCGCACUAGGUCGACAAGGAGGACGACCUCUACGAGUAGUGUCAAAGCCCAUAAAAAUCACGAGGCCUCGAAAACAUUUAUACGAAUUACCACGUCGAGCACUUCUUCCGCUACACCGACUCAUUCCGACUUCCUUGUAGCAUUUGCUCAGAUGGUUAAUCUUUCGGACCCUAAGCUGUACAAUGUGUCGAAAGACCAAUUACUCACAACUCCUUUCGGCAACAUUUGUCCUUCCGGAAAUUGUGUUGACGACUGCAAAAAUAUGACUCGAGUAUUCCAGGCAAUCCCCGAAGGACUCGACGUAGAUCCGCUACGUUACGGACGAAUGGAGGCACAAGAAUCAAAUGUGGCCUUACUCAGCACCUGCAGUAACCUUGAAUUCGCCGCGAACUUUGCUACUGCGGAAGAGAAUCGCAGCUUCACACCCUAUCUUCUCCAGCAAUAA